GAGGCACCUGGGCGGCUGCGCUGCCUCCUCCCCUCGCGUAGGUUUCGACCUUCCUCCCCUCCCGGAAACUCGGAGCGGGAGCCGGGCUGGCGCCGCGUCCCCUCGGCUUGUCCCUGCCCUUCCCGAGCCCCUUCCAGCCCGCAGGGUGCCCGAUCCUGGCUGAGAUGGCUGAUCCUGUAGCAGAAGAACAUGCGUCCCAAGUCAGCAAACUCUGCAGCGAAUGUGGUCAGUUCCACCUCUUGCUGGACAAUCAUCUCUACAACUUCCAGAAUGACGUGGAUGAUGAACUUAUCUGCCACAUCUGCCUCCAGCCUCUGCUCCAGCCUAUGGACACCCCCUGUGGACAUACGUACUGUUUCAAGUGCCUUGAAAACUUCAUGCAGGAGUAUAACUUUUGUCCUAUGGAUCGGAAGAAGCUCUCUUUCCAGCAGUGCCACAAGUCCAGCCUUCUAGUACGAAACCUGUUGGAUAAGCUGAUUGUCUGCUGUCCCUUCAAGGCUGAAUGCCAGCAGAAAAUGCAACGGUGUGAACUGGAAGCUCAUCUGCAGAACAGGUGUCCUGGUUUCAAGAAAUACAAAUCUGAACUACAGUGGAAAAAGAAUUCCAUUUCCAAAGGGAAGGAAGAUCCUUCUACCAAGGUGGAGACAGGCAUGCCCAAGGACCCAGAGGUACCGAGCGGAGGAUCAUCACUUGUUGCAGAAAGCUCUGCAGCUGCUGUGGUGUCACUGGGGACUGCAGAGCCUGGACUGGUUAAUCCAGCUUUUGAGGAGACCGAAGAAGACCUUCCCCAGAGAACCAGUCUUGUGGCUGAAACAAACACAAUUGAAAUUCACCGAGAAGACCCAGAGGAAGAGCUGGGGAUGAGGAUAGUUGGGGGUAAAGACACUCCACUAGGAAACAUUGUUGUUCAGGAAGUCUUGCGGGAUUCUGUCAUUGCUGUGGAUGGAAGAAUAGCACCAGGGGACCAUAUUCUUGAGGUGAAUGGUGUCAACAUCAGCAGUGUGACUCACUGCCAAGCUGUCUCCUUCCUGCGCCACCCAGGUCCUGUUCUCCACCUCAUGGUCCUGCAGGAGAAGAUUUUUUCCAAUAAGACUGCACAGCAGGAUUCCACUUCUGCUGCCAGUCGGGAAGUGAUCCAUGUUACCUUGAUAAAGAGAGACCGAGCUGAACCCUUGGGAAUCAAACUGAUCAGGAAGACAGAUGAGGCAGGGAUUUUUAUUCUAGAUCUGUUAGAGGGAGGAUUGGCAGCCAAAAAUGGAAAGCUGAGUCGGAAUGACAGAGUCCUGUCAAUAAACGGCCAGGAUUUGAGGCAAGGAACACCUGAGGCUGCUGCGCAGAUAAUCCAGAGCACUGAAUCACGAGUCAACUUUGUGGUCCUGAGGCAGCCAGGCUUACAGCUGUCAGAGCCGGUGGAAGAGAGCAGCACAUCCAACAGCAGCAGCAGCAGCAGCAAUAGAGGAAGUCCAGUGCACCAUCGGAGACGACUAGAUCAGAAUCACUACAGACGAAAAUCUAACUACCAGAAGGACUUACCUCAGGGAUACACAAGUCAUGAAAAGAUAGUUGCAAUAAAAAAGGAACCAAAGGAAUCUUUAGGAAUAACAAUUGGAGGUGGAAGGGAUAACAAAAACAAGCUCCCUAUCUAUGUAACUAGUGUUCAGCCGAUUGGAUGCCUCUUCAGGGACGGCAGAAUCAAGCGAGGAGAUGUACUUUUGAGCGUAAAUGGCAUUGAUUUGACUCAGCUGAACUACUAUGAAGCUGUCUCAGCACUGAAAUCUAAUGCAGCUUCCCACUCAGUUGUACUGAAGGCCUUGGAAAUCGUUUCAUUGAACUCAACAGAACAGUCUCUGGACAUCAAGGAGCAAGGAUUCAGCUGGUCUCCCCUCUGGAUCACCUGGCUCGGAUUGCCUAGCUACCUUCACUGCUGUCAGGAUAUUGUCCUUAGUAAAGGAAACUUGGAAACCUGGGGCUUCAGCAUUGUUGGAGGCUUUGAGGAAAGCAAAGGAAAUCAGCCAUUCUUCAUCAAAACCAUAGUGCCUGGGACUCCUGCCUUCCGAGACAGGAAACUGAGGUGUGGUGAUGAAAUAGUGGCAGUAAAUGGAGUGCCAGCAAUAGGAAUGAGCAACUCGGAACUCAUCCCAGUGCUGAAGGAGCAAAGGAACAAAAUCACCCUUACUGUGGUGUCCUGGCCAGGAAGCCUCGUGUGAAAGCUCAAGCGAAAAACACCACAGUUCCAGGUAUCAGACCUCAGCUGUCCAUCACACAGAGCUCAGCCUGUGGUGGAUAAAGCGAGGGAAUGCUGAACUCACGCUGCACAGCGUAUUGCUAUGCGAGACUGUUAGGGUCCUUUUUGCAGGCAAUAUUUCUCUACCGUGCUGAGGUUAUCAACAAAUCUGGUUGUUGGACUCAAAGUAACGGGUAAUCUGAACAGUUGUUGUAGCUUCCUGGGCUCAUUAAAGCUCUUCAGGAUUGCUGUGGCAGAGAAUGCUCUUUUUCCAGCGUUUCUCUACAAAUUGCCUUUGAGGUGCUUUUCUCAGUUUUGGAGCUCUGCUUUCCAUUCCAUGGUUUGAACAGGAUAAAACAACUAUGACUGUCAUUUCCCUGCUCAUUUAACACUGAUCUCUGACUGCCAUUCUUGGACACUCAGUCAUGUUAUAUGUGCGGGUAAAAGCCACUGAUAACACUGUAAGGGGACCCAGUCAAGUGGUUCUGUAGCUCCCAGUCUUGCUAUUGUUAGGUUACUGACACCUAAUGAAUGUGUUUAUACAUCAAAAAACCCCUAUAGUUAAAAGGGUCUCCUAGCUGAAGAGCUGCGUGGUGAGCUGUGUUGGCCUCUGUGAAGGUCCUAUCACCAGGCAGCUGUUGUGAAUCAUGAUUUAGGAUCCUGCCGACUAUGCCAAUUUGUCAUAAACGGGUGACUUAGACUGCUUGAAGAACCACUGUCAAAGGUGUGAGCAGAAGUGGUUUCACUGUUAAAAAUCAUACUUUUACCACAUGGUAUUUCAGAGUUCAGUAGCAAGGUUCACUCUGCUGCACAAAGGUUGUAGCAAGGACUCAAAGUUAUCAAGACAAAUCACAAAGUUAAGCAGGAUAUCGGGCGCUUACCAAAGAUCUGCUGUUGUGAAAGCCCUCUCACCCUUGAGCACCCUGGAGGGUCCCUGUGCAAGGGGAGCUCAGCACCAUGCAGGGAGAACCCCAGGCAGGCUCACUCAGGCUGCUGUAUUUAUGGGCUAAAGUGGCUGGCUUGUAGUCAAAUUACAUGUGAUGGAAAAAGCCUGGGCAAGACUCUUUGUCCACACAACCUCCUUUGUUCCUUGAUAAAGGAGCUGUGGAAGAGUCACCCGCUAUUCAUGCGUUAGCUGCAUGAUUGGUGCCCCAAACUCAUUUGCCUUUAUGCCGCUUGCAGAGAACAGGUUGUUCUCAGAGUUCUCAGCCUGGUUAUAGCUCAGGCCUUUUGCUCCUUUGGAGCCUCUAUCAAACUACUGCCAGUUUGGUUAAGGAGUGCAACUGUCACAGUAGCCAGGGAUAAGGCACUGUUUAAUUUUCAUCCCCUUCCUCAGGCUGGCUUCCCUAGCUUUAGGACUUGAUAAAAUGACCGGCUUUUCCCAGAGAAAAGAGAUCAUUCUGUAAACAGGUGUUAUAAGAAACCUCAAUCUGGGAUGCUGCCUUACUUGUACAAGUUCCUUGGUGAUGAGAUGCAGCAUUAAGGUAGGUUGGGGGCAGGAUGUACCCCACACGGCACCUGCACUGUCAGGCACCGAGAUGAGUUCCAGCAGCUCUGCUCAGGUCCCUCCUGCAGCUGGAGCAAGCGCUCACCUUACUGGAGCGGGGUAAGCUCAACAUGUUAUACCGACUGUGGGAAAUGCACUGCCUCGAGAGGGGCCCUGCGUGCCCACCACAUCCCCUGUAGAGUUAAAAUUUGGAAUAACAGAACUGAACGCAAGGCGGGUUGGUUUGACCUACGAUGCCUUGCCAAGCUCGUGCCUGGGCAGUCCACAUGGAACAGUUCCCUUUUCUUAAGAAGGUUGUUAAUCAGCAGUAAAAAUGACAGGUCUUUCUCAAACCAGGUUGCAGUAAGCGCUGUGUUUCCUCUUACGCCUCUUCUGCUCCACCUUUUACGGGCCAGCUCAGAUUAUCAGAACCAGAGUAGUUUCUCUCUCCUGUAGAGAGGCUGCCCAGAGGGAACGUUUAAUUCCCUGUUGCUGUAACUGACUGCAGGUCAUGCCCGUCACUGUCGAAGCAGUGCUUUUCUUAGGGCUGGCUGCUCUGUAAUCUGAUGUUCCUGCAGAGCAGAGCUGUUCCUUGCUGGGCGAUGCAGGCGUUCACGCAUGGUGCCUUCCCUUCCUUUGGCUGGUAUGUAGCACAGCCUGCGAUCAGGCUCCAAAGCUUCCCUGGCACACAGUGCUUUGGCUGGGUGAUAAACUCCGCUGCGGGCUGCGCAUGUGGCCCGCUGGGCUCCUGAGUACUGAGAGCAAAGUCAGGAGUCAGAAAGUGCCUGUGGAAAACAAGGCACUCAGCCUGUCUGACACAAAGAACAGGCAUAUCCAAAGUGAUGCUUAUCUCUUUCCAAUCAAUGUGCGGAAUCAGUGCCUGGUAUGGGACAGUAAAUGUUUCUGUAGGUGGAGAAGGCAAUUCCUGCUAAGCAGUCCCAACUGUCACUCGAGUGCUGUGCAGCAGGAAAAGGCCAUGCAGCUGCGUCAGACAGGUUCUGCAGUGUGGUUUUUCCUAUUACUCCAUCUUGUUUCAAGGUGCCU